AUGGGUAUUGCUAACAAUAUGCGACUUCAUGGUGAAAAAAUGAAUGAUAUAGCCAUUGUUGAAAAAAUCCUACACUCAUUAACACCAAAGUUUGAUUAUGUGGUGUGCUCAAUUGAAGAGUCAAAUGAUAUUGAUGAUCUCUCCCUAGAUGAGCUUCAAAGUUCUUUGUUGGUCCAUGAACAAAAGAUGAACAGAAGUUCAACAAUGGAGGAACAAGCAUUGAAGGCUUCUACCAAUACUCCUUCAUACAACUCUAGAGGAAGGGGUAGAGGUAGAGGUAAAGGACGAGGGCGUGGAGAUCGUGGAAAUAGAGAUUUCAACAAGAACUCUAGAGGCAACAAUGACCAAUUUCAAGGCAAUGAUAGAGGGAAAGAUCAUAACAAAUCAAAGGUAGAAUGCUUUAGAUGUCAUAAAUUUGGUCAUUAUGCUUCUGAAUGUUAUAUUACACUGCCUAAUCUUCAAGAAAAUGGUGAAAGUUCAAAUUUUAUCGAGGAGAAAGAAGUAGAAACCCUGUUGAUGGCAGUUAAAGAUGCAAAAGACAACGAGGCAGAAAUUUGGUAUGUUGAUACUGGCUGUAGUAAUCACAUGAGUGGAAGUGAUAUAAAAAUACAAACCAAGAAUGGUUUUAUAGAAACAAUUUCUAAUGUGCUUUAUAUCCCUGACUUGAAAAGCAACUUGUUAAGUGCUGGUCAAUUACAAGAAAAAGGUUAUGAAAUUUUUAUUUGCAAAGGUUCUUGUGAAAUUAUUGAUCUUGUUCGAGGUGCUAUUGCAGUUGUAAACAUGAGUUCAAACAGGUUAUUCCCGUUGAAAAUUGAAAGCAUUCAAUCUGGUUUGUUGGCUAAAGCUACUGAUUCUACUUAG